AUGCAAUCAUUUCCUCCGCCACCCUCAGCGCAGGGCCAGCAUUUCCCCCCACCUCCAAGAUCUGCAACCUUCCCUCCUCCACCAUUAGCCUCCCCGGGAUUCCCACCACAACCAUCUCCAGGCUUCCCACCUCCAAACUACAACUACCCACCUCCUCCCGCCCAACAUGUACAACAACCACAACCAGUACCACAGCCACAAAAUGCGCAAUCGCAUUUCCCACCACCACCCGGCAGCCGGCCAUCAACUACAAGUCCUCCACCUCGCUUCGAUGCCGGCAACAACAACAACAGCGUAGCAGCCCACCAAGCGGCCAUGCUUGCCGCUGCCCAAGAAGCGAAAUUACCGCUUUCGCCGCCGCCAAUGUCUCCUCCGCCAACGGGCAGGCCUCGUAUGGAGCAGAUGCCUGGUGGUGCGCCGGCCGUGGGCCAGUUUAGGGGCGCGCAGGCCACGUCUGCGGAUGAUGUGGGCACGUUUAAUGGUGGGAGUUAUAGAAUUAGCCACCGGAGUGUGAACUCAAUUGUGACGUUUCAACUUGCGAUGGGUGCACCGUUGGAGGCGAGGCCAGGUGUCAUGAUUGCAAUGUCGCCCACCGUCACACUCAAGGGAAGUUUUCAUUUCUCUAUGAAAAAGCUUCUUAUCGGAGGUGAAAUGGCACACUCGACCUAUACCGGCCCCGGAGAGGUUCUGCUUGCGCCAUCUGUCCUCGGUGACAUCACAAUUCUGAGAUUAACAGAUGAUGGAGAGACAUGGAAAGUUGGUCGAGAUGCGUAUUUGGCUAAUACGACAUCCGUUAAGAAGAAAUAUAAGGCGCAGAAUCUUUCCAAGACUCUGUUCUCCGGUGAAGGCUGGUUUGUCUACAAUAUAACAGGUCCUGGGCUGGUUUGGAUGCAAAGUUUUGGUGCUGUGAUAAGGAAAGAUCUCGUUGAAGGCGAGAGCUACUUCGUGGAUAAUGGUCACUUGGUUGCAUGGAAUUGUGAGUAUGGUAUUGAGCGAGUUGCUUCGGGUGGUGUAAUCUCAAGUUUGAGCUCUGGUGAAGGCUUGGCUUGCCGAUUCAAGGGACCAGGAACUGUCUAUUUACAGACAAGGAACCUGAAUGCUUUUGCUAUGCAAAUUGGUGCAAGUACUGCAAGCGGUUGA